UCUGAUUAUAUGAUUUUGCAGACUAUCAAGCAAUCGCAACCAUGGCUAUUUCUUGUUUCCAGAAUCAGACCAAUAUUCUUGAGGAAACUGAAAACAGCAAUCUGAAAAAUCAUUAUCUACGCAUCAUUCAACAGUUCAAACAAAUGCAGCAUUCCGAUGGGAGCUUUGGAAACGUUCAUACCACAUCUUUAAUAACUCAGGCACUUCUUUCAAGUGGCCAUGAAUACUCAAAAGACUGGAAGCUAAAUGCCACCAUAAAACACUUGAUUCGUAAACUAUCACUACCUCAUGAUCUUUUGGCGAGUUACCUAGCUCUUCCAGUUCUCAAUGCCAAAAGCCUUUCAGAUGUCGCCAGAGUAAAUUGCAGUUUAAAUCCAAGGAGAAGCGGAUAUGAUAAUCUUUCAUCUGAAAUUAGUGAUUAUGCCGGUCCCAAAAUGCGUAUCCAGUACUCCCUAUUUGUUGGGGACGAAAUUGAUGUCAUCCACACCAUCUCACUGAGAGUGCCAGAAAACUAUACAGCUUAUGACGUAAUGGAAUUAGCCAAAACUGAGGACAGCAAAUUUAAUUUUAAAUACGAAUCUAUUUCUGGAAUGCUAUACGUAUAUGAAAUUAGUGGAGUAACUAAUGACCCAGAAGCUGGAUUAUUCUGGCUGCUUUAUCAAGGUCAAGCUAAUGUGACAGACAAUCUCACUCACUACAAUUUCGGUCCAGACCAACUUAUUAUGCAAGACAAGGAGCAUUUGGUCAUGUGGUACAAGAAAGCACAUUUCUGAAAAGUGUUUUAUUAGUAGUUCGACCAACGAUAGUGUAAAUGAAAAUUAAAAACAUGAACUUUUACAUAUUUUACACUUUAAGUUCUAUUUUUUAUGUAAAAAUAAAGGAUUCUUCUCAUGCAUUUUGUUGUUUGGUAAAUUUAAGAAAUUCUAACUUUAAGAUGAAGUGAUUUAAUCUUGAGUUGAAUGUUUAAAUGAAAUAGCAGUUCUGAUAUAGACUUAUUCUAAAUGUUAUACUGAAUAAAGAAUGUAUAAGUAUUAUAUUAAUCAAAUAAAAUUACUUAUUGUUGUAAA